AUGGCGCCCCAGGUCAUCCUUUGGAUGCAAAUCAAAACCGUAGAAAAUCUGGUGAUCAAGUCGCGGUCGGCAGUCUCGUACGAAACAGCCACCGCGUGGCCUCCCCCACUUCCUCAAGACGGGGAUCAAAUCACGGGAGUCUCUGGGAAAUGGACGCAAACAGUGGAGAUCGCAAAACACUCCAUGGCACAUGCCAUAGGCUCUUUCGGAGAUCAGUCCGAAUCUCAACUUCCUUCGAUUUACCCUGCCCUCCCAGGACUUGGCCAGCUAUAUCACCCUUAUCUACAAUAUGCAUACAGCAACUCCACACUCAAUCCAUUCUACUACUUUCUGUCACCUAGCAAUUACUAUGCUGCUCAAUAUCUCAACGCAAUGAUCAAUACGAUGUCAAGUGGCGGCUACAAGUUACCUGCAGUAUCUUUGCGCAGAUCAGUUCUGCCAAAGCGAGUCAAGGCUCUCUUUCCCAGAAACGUGGCCCGCUCAAAACCAGCAGAAGUAGUCAAAAGGGAAUUCAAGGAAGCGAUCACCAAAGCGGCCAGCAAGGUGACAGACAACAGGCUUCAACCAAAGGAUACAAAUCUAGACGCCCAAGAGUCGAUAAAGCAACAUAUCGAGGCGGCAGAUCAGCAUUCUGACUCGAAUGGGAACUCCCAACGGCUCGUAGGCCAGUCAACAUAUCAGCAGCCUGGGCUCAGUGCCGAGACUCGAUUUUCCGUCAAUAAAGAAAACAAGAACUUUGCGGAGGAUUUCAAGCCGACUAUUCCUGUCCCGUCUGAGAUGGCCGAGCUCUUGAGUCGCGGGAAGCCACCAAAGUCCAAUCCAGCAGGCACGGCAGGGGCAGAGGAUCAUGACUCGUUGCGUGACGAAACGGAAGAAAGUUGGACAGUUGUUACGUCAAGGCGAAAGCAUUCUGGACCAGCAAAGAGGCGACCAGCACCCCCGUCUCCAUCGACUCAUGCUAGAGCCUUGCCGGCUCGCAAGAGCACACCGACUCCAAAUUCUGAUGUACUAACAACUCAAGUCUUGCCAGUUAUGGCACGUCGACCGGCCCCGCGACUACCACAAGCAAUCAUUGGCAGACAAUCUUGGGCCGAGGUAGUUGCUACAGAGGGCGGGGAGCCUGAGUGA